UCUGGUUAGAGAGAAAGGUAGCGUGGUCGUGUUUGCACAUCAGCCUGGAAAUCGUAUCCCUUGCAGUUGCUGAAUUGGGGCACGGCACGGAAUCGCUCCGCCGGAGACCGACGAGAGCAGUAGCGCCAGAGGCUAAGCUACUAAAGCUAGCUACGAGACUCGGCUGACGCUGGGAGGGAGCCCUCCCCACUUUUUGUUUGGUUCUCGUCGCCACGAAAUCUGAAGCGGAGAAAUGGCUGGUCUACCAGAGAUGACACCGAGAAUCCCUCCAACCUCUACACAUCCUGUUAUACAGUGUGUACUUCAAGAUGACCUCAAGGGUCUCCAAACAUUACUGAAGGACAACGACAUCGAUGGACUCUACCCCUGCACCGAGAUGGGUUGUUUAACCCCACUGGCGGCAGCUGUUGUCUAUGACAAGAUGGAUAUUGCCAUAUACCUCCUGAAGGAGAAGGGCGAUCUAAAGACAGGAAAGCACGACUGGGAUUCCAACAGCAAAAGGUGGAAGGACAAAUUUGAGCGACUGGUACACUGCUUAAAUACUUAUGACAGUAAAGUCAUCAGGAUCGGAAGCGUUGCCUACAUCGAUGAUGUUGACUUUCGCAUAGCAGAAGGGAGCGAUGGCACGGAAGUCUUCGUGGGGCUGAGAGAGGAUGGCUGUGAAAUUGCUGUCAAGAGAAUGCAUAAAAGCAACUUCCAAGUGCUAAAGAAGGAGCAAUUACUUCGGCGAAUUCCCAAGCUCCACCAUCGCUGUGUUGUGAAAUGUGUGGACUCAGCAGAGGAUAAAGACUUUGGAUAUCUUUUUCUUCAACUGUGUGAAUACACCUUGGAGGAACACAUCAGAGGCAAUGAUGGCAGUCUGUGUCCAGAGGAUCUUGUCUGUGACGUCCUCCACAGUCUGAGGGCACUGCAUUGUGAAGAGCCGCGAAUUCUCCAUCGACAUCUCACACCACAAAAUGUUUUGAUCGAUGUGGAAGGAAGGGCAAGGUUAGCUGGGUUUGGCAUGAGCAGACUUUUGCCAAAAGACCAAACCACCUACCAGUCACACAGGACAGAAACAGAUUGCUGGAUGGCCACCGAGUGUUUAAAAGAAGAUGAUGAUAUUCAAUACACCACGAGCACAGAUGUACAGGUGGCAGGAAUGAUGACUUAUUUCAUCCUGUCCGGUGGACACCAUCCUUUUGGUGAGGAAAGCUCGAUGCUUACCUCAAACAUUCGAGAGGGGGAGUACACCUUGGACCACGUUAAAGAUGCCGUAGCAAAGGAUCUGAUCAAGAGGAUGCUUGAAAAAGAACCACAGACAAGACCCACUGUCGAAGAAUGCUUGAACCAUCCCUUCUUCUGGACCAGCACCAAGAAGGUAGAAUACUUGAGGAAGGUUGCAAACAAGAAGGAGGUGGCAAGCCGACAAAGCAUUAACAAGGAGUUGCUUUCGAUUCUGGAUGAGUAUGCUGAGGGUGUUUCCUACACAAAGUGGAAAAAUGAGUUUUCACCCAAGUUGGUACGGAGGAUGGAAAAAUGGAUAAAGGAACCAUACCCAGACAACGUCAUGGGAUUACUCCGCUUCAUGCGAAACGUAUUUGAGAACUGUCACGAUGAAGAAGCCAACGUUGAUCUGCUGUCACUGUUUCCUCACCUCUUUGGAUGCGUUUAUCAAUUCACAAUAAGGCAAGGAUGGAAUUUAGAGCAUCCCCUGAAGACGAUGUUCAUACCCGACGAGGAGCAACGGUACUACUGACAAGAAUUGGAACCCGUUGACUAUGAAGAACACGUCGGCCUUGCAGUUACAGAAUCUCAACACUUUUACUGCGCCAACUAGCGGUAUCUAGUCCAGUAGAACCAACCUGGACAGACUCCGAAUGGAUAAUGAAACUGCACCAUGAAUAGAGUGUAUUUGAACAGGCAGUUUGAAAACAUUUUCAUAUUUUUAGGCUGCAAUUUAAGUAGAGCUGUGCAAACAGGGAGUUUGCUACAGCAGAUAGACACAGAUGAUGGUUUCAUGUCUUUUUUUCAUAUUGUUUUAUGAAACGCCUCUUUGUAUAAGUUAUGACUUUUUUUUACUCUGGGCCAGUUCCAUUUUGAGUACCCGUGUUUGUUGUGUUAACUCUUCAGAGCUUACUAUUAAAAAACACUCAAAGGCAACUCCAGUCUGGAAAUUUCAUUAUUUCAAAUCUCAAGAUGAAUUUCCAUCACCUUGAUUAAACCACUCAAACGAAAAAUAUAAGAAUUAGUUUUGAGUAAUUUAAGCUUCUUGUAAUGAUUGUAAGAAAUGUUUCAUCUUGUUUUGUUGUGUUCAUGUGAUGCUACUGCCCACCCUGCGUGACCCUUGUGAGAGAGAGAGUGUGGGUGCAAACGUGAACGCGGCUCCAGAGUCGCUUUGAUUCGAAUUUUGAAUGUCUGUUUAGGGAAAACGCAGAUUAUAUAUAUAUAUAUUUAUGCCUGUAAUUCAUUCAUAGUUACUCUUAAUGAGACUGUAUAUACUGUUGUAUAUUGUUGUUUAAUGUCUGAUUGUUAUUUAUGUACAGUGCACCAACCACACCAAGGCAAUUUCCUGUAUGUGCAAAUACACUUGGCAAAUAAAAAUAAUUCUGAUUCUGA